AUGGUCGUUCCUACCCAGCCCUUUAACGACUUAGAACUAGCAGUUUCGCCCAUAAAACUCGAAUCAGAUGAUUCGGACGCAAUUUACCUCGUUGACGUCAAACCAAGCUGCUCGACUGCUUCAUGGAGUUCAAAAGCAUUCAGUGACAAGCUAUCAGAGAUUGUGAAAGGAAUUGUUCCAUUUCUCGUCACCCUUCUGAAGAUCGUCCUCAUCGUCGCUAGCCACCUCGUAGCGCUCGUCCUGGCAGAAACAUGGGCUUCCUUAUGGUUUGCCGGGAUUCGAGGCAUCUUGGGCUUCGACAAAAGUGAUACGCCCUCCACCCUUCCACCAACACCGCCUGAGAAGUCAUCUGUUCAACUGUCAUGGUUCGAUUCUCUAUUCGCCGCUGUCGCCGUUAGUGUUUGGACAGUCAUGGCAUCCAUCGCCUUCAUCAUCGGGAUUGUUGGAUGUUUUGCGAUCGUGGCUUCAAUGGGUUACUUUAUAGCCCCAUAUGUGAGAUUGGUUGUUGAUCCUAUCGUGCGGAAGUUCUCUCAAGUGCUAAGGCCUUGGUACACGGAACAAAUUGAGCCCCUGUUUGCCGCCUGGCGACCAUCGUAUACUCCUUUACAUGACCAAGUAUCCGUUGAAGGAGAACUUGAAAUUCUUGGUGUAACAGAAGGAAAUUCUUGGAGAAGCCAGUGGCUCCAAAAAGUAUCCACGCUUUUCCAAGAGGCAACUUCCCCAUUCAAGAGUCCUGGGCCGCGUCUUCAAGUGAUCUGCGACCUUCUGGCCCUAUUCCCACCAUUUGCAUGGUCCACGAUGUGGUUGUACGGUAUGUUCAAGAUUUGGCAGGGCGGGUUAGCAGGACCGGAUGAAACAGGUUUUUUCAUGUGGAUUUUUUUACGUCGUAUCAAGACCGGUGCCGAGUAUACACCCUUAGAAAAGCGAAGGGCAGCUUCCCGCAUGGGGAUAGAAAACCCCAAGGGGCCGAUGGCAGAAGAGGGCACCGGAGGGAAGGAGGCUAGUCGUGCCGCCAUUCGAAAGAUGCGCUAUCGUCACGGUCAUUUCCUACUCAUCGGAACGUGGGGUCAGGCUUAUCCUAUGAAUGAAAGAGGGCAUACCUCGGCGAAACCACCCGGACUCACAAGGGGCGGGUAUGGGUGCAACGUGGUCGUCGUGUAUGCAAUAUUGGGACAAGGGCGACAGGGCGUCGAAAACGGCAUCCCACAGCGCCCGCCGUUGUGUCAUAUUCGCGCCUCUGAAGACGGAGCACAGAGGGUCCGUUAA